AUGGCCAUGUUGAUGAUGGAAAAUUCGGAGCCGGCCAUGCAACUGGAGAACCAGCUCUUUGCAUUACCGGCGACUUUAACGGACCGAUGGCGCACCGAGCAUGAGAAGCUCAACCCCACUACCAUCCUAACGGACAACGGAUCAGCCGGUGACAUCAAUUUCUUCAUUCCGCCUAGCACGUCCGGACUACUCAGUUUAGCGGACAUGAUCCUGGAAUUAGAAGUGGGUAUUAAAGUCCGUAAGAGUACCGGUGAAUGGGAACUGAUAACAACGGCUGAUGGAGUGGCACCAGUUAACAACCUUCUGCACUCCCUGUUUUCCUCAUGCCAUGUGACGGUAGCCAACCGAUUGAUCUCGGAUGCCGCAACUUUCUACCCGUACCGCGCCUACCUAGAAUCACUGUUGUCUCACACACUGGACGCCCAACAAAGCCAACUGACAUCUGCCGCUUUUUAUUACGAUAGCCCAGGUUCCUUCAACAGUGAAACCGCCAAUAACGGUGAAAAAAAUCGAGCGGCACUAUUUAAUGCGGGACAAUACGUGCAGCUUUCCGGCAAGCUAUUUUCGGACCUUUUUGACCAAAGCAAACCGCUGUGCACCGGUGUUCCCGUCAAUAUUCGCCUAGUGGUAAGUCGACCAGAGUUUGCCCUACGCGUAUGGGAUACGGACACCACCAAGACCUUCAAACCAUUUAUCCGUAACGCGCGUUUGUCAGUACGUCGCUACAUUCCAUCACCGGACUUUCUGACCGCCGUCGCUGGAGAACUGUUGAAAAAGACGGUCAAGUACCAUAUCGAACGCGUGGUGAUGCGCGUGUCGGACAUUCCCCAACGAACCCAAAGCACCGUAAUCAGCAAUUUGCAGAUUGGACAAAUUCCCAAGGUUGUCUUUAUUGGUUUUGUGGACAGCGAAGACUUUCACGGAUCGCAAAAGAAAAAUCCUUUCAACUUCCAACACUUCAACAUUACACAAAUCAGCGUCGAAGUGGACGGUCAGAGCUACCCUACGAAACCCUACACUGCCGAUUUUGCGCAUAAUCUAUCGUUGGAGUGCUACGACGGGCUGCUGGACACACUGGGACACCGACCCAGUUUGCAAGGCGGCUUACCAUUCAAUCGGACCCAGUAUAAUGACGGAUACACCAUUUUUGGAUUCGACUUGACGCCAGGACAUACCGGCCGUGGACCACUGACACUGAUCAAACAGGGAAACCUGAGUGUCUCGGUGUCUUUUGGCAAACCAUUGAAAAAUACCAUUAUGAUGGUGUGCAUGCUGGUCUAUGACAGCAUUAUCGAAAUCAACCAGCAUCGACAGCUCAUUGCGGACUUUACAACAUGA